CAGAAGACGCCCUAAAUCCGCCCCUGAGUGGGACAAACAGUUAUUUUGUCUUUGCUAAUUGCAUAUUUUUAUGACAGCAAAAUGGUAAAUGUAGAUUCUUCUGUUAUUAUCAAAAAGUCCUAACUGCAUGCUUUGGGGAGAGGAGACCCUUCAAACCAGAGGUUUGUUAAUCAGAUUAAAAAAAUUAACUUUGCAUAUCUUAUUUUGAAUUAUUGGACAGGAAUACACUUGAAUUGUUUUUUCUCUCUUUUUGUAUUUUAACAUGAAAUUCAAAGCAAAGUGCAUACAAGUACAAAAACCAUUUUCAAUGCAUUGUAUCAUCAAAAUGCUGUACUAAACACCAUUUAGAAAUAUUUCACACAAUUUAUUUGAUUUACUAUGAAUAUAAAAAAUUGUUGAACCAUAUCCUGUUGUUGUAGGGGCACGAGUCUGUUUUCAAGUAUCUGUACUAGAUACUAGCUCAAAACAUUAUUUGGUGCACCCAUGUAUUAAGAAGUCGAUUAAAAGGUAUUUCUUCUGGAUGCUUAUGUUGACUUAGCCUUCUAGUACGACCUAUUAUUUUGGUGAACAUAAUUUGAAUAGACCAACAGUCAAUACAGCAAAGUAAACACCACACAAAGAAUACGACAUUGAAAGUCUUAGCAUGUGCCGCAGCAUAUUUAAGUGGCCUGUGCUGUCUACCCAUUGAUACAUUGAAUCACUGAUGAAACAACAUUUACCAGACGCGUGCUGUUGAAGGUUAGAAGUUUGCACUGCAUGGAGACCCCUGUAGACCUCUUUUCCUCCACAACUUAAUCUUAUCAAAGUUCCCAACAACGUGCGUAUUAUAGUUAGGAUAUGGAACUGGGCAAUUGGGUCACUACAGUAUGAACGGUUAUCACGAACACUGAGAGCUUUUGACAUUGAUGCAAAGUCAACAUAAUGGCGGAUGAAUGGAAGAUAUAUCUGGCCAUUGGAAUACCUUGUGGCUUGGUGUUUAUGUUCAUUAUCCUGUUCUUCAUCGUUUUCUUCUGCCGUCGUCUCACACCUCCUCCCAUACUUGAGUAUGCUGAUGAGGCUGAACAAAAAAAGCGACAGCUGGAGGCAUCUAAGUCCAAUGGGGAAACACAAGGUUCAAAUCCAAACCUGACGUCUGAAGAGGAGAUCCCAAUAGAAGUGACCAUCCUCCAAGGAUACAAAAGAAAGCACACAAAAUCUGGACAUUCCAAUGCUGCCUUCAGUGAAGAUAAAGAACAGUCCAUUAUUAGGAAAAAGCACUAUCACCCCAGCAGAGCAGCCUAUGCCAAGGCAAAAGCCUUCACUAAGCCAUCGCCUAUUCAGGAAGUAGACGAGAUAGGCAGUACCAACAGUCUUGCUAGGAGUAAGGAGUCAUUCCAAAGCCCAGAACUACACCUUACAACAAUAAUGGAUGGAUCCCCAUAUCAGAGAAGAGAUAAAAGUUUAGAGGACAUUAGAGAACCUAGUACACAUACAGUGGAUGGUGUUCAUAUAGAGGAUGAGCAACACUCAGCACCCAACUUUAAAUCAUUUACUUCUUUAGGUUCAUUGGAAAAUAUUCUUAGAGACUUUCCUUUAGACAAACACAAGGACGAUGACUCAAAAUCUCAUGAUUCCAAGCAAUCAAUGCACCAUGAUGAAACUGACCAUUCUAUAUCAUCUACUGGAGAACAUCAGCAAUCACAACAUCAAGAGGAAACAACAAUGCCUCUGAAAGACCAAGAAUUACAAUUUCAAGAACCUCCUGCUCCGAGAGUUCCAGAAUUUAAAGCACUAGGCACACUCAUGAAUUUAGCCUUUCAAGCUUCCAGUGAAAAACUAGAUAAUGCUUUUUCUAAUAGGAAUCAAGGAUUUAGAAAAUCACUGGAAAAUAUCGGUAAAGGUUUAAAGGCUUCAGAAAGGGCAGCUAUGAGGAGAGAAAAAAUGGUCUCAUCAGCUUAUCAAAACCCUGGAUUUCAGGCUUCAAGUGAGAGCUUGGAUGAACCUAUACUUGCAGAAAGGGUGAGAAAAUCAGUAUCCAAAGAAAGACUGACUAAAUCUGCAGAAAACUUGCAUUUCCAUUCGAUGGCACCAACACAAAGUAGUGUGAUCACAGACGUUUGACCCCCCAAAUAAUAUCUGCACUAAAAAAUUAAUGCUCAGCAAAUUACUACGUUAAACAGAAUGCAAAUUAACUGGUCUUUUAAUAUAAUAGAAACAUUUAUGUUUAAUAGAAUAGGGUAUAUUGCUUUGUCAUCUGUCUAUUAUAUCAGGAGAUGUGUUUUCUUUGUAAUUUAUAAACUUACAAUUUUAGCCAAAAGUAUAGAAUUUUAAUUACAUUCCAUCCAGUGCUUUAGAAAGCAAUAAUGUGAAAUGCUAUGCAAAGAAUGUCAUUUAUCUUUUUUAAAAAUAUUUUUACAAAAAGUAGGCCAGGUAAAUUUUAUACCUACAUAUUUUAGUUAUUGUGCGUAGUUUAAUUAAAUAUCCUAUCAGUAGGCCUAUUUAGCAAGUGCUUACUCUAAAAUGAACUUAAGUAUUAGUUAAAAAUUACAAAAUGCCACAGCUAUUUUCCUAUUUAAAAGUAGGCAAUAUAGCUGAAAUUAAAUACUUUAUUGAUAUUGCUGUGGAAAAAUUCUCCAGU